UUUGCCAAUAAGUAUGUCAUAUAUGUUACUGCUGUAAUCAUUGAUUUUCCUAAUAUAAAUUUGACAUUUAUAACGUUCGUACUAAAUAAAUUCUAUAUUUUCAUGAUAAUGACAGUUAGUCAGGAAGGGUUUAAAUACGUCAUACAAAAACAAGAGCGACAAAAGAUAUGUUUCGGAUCAGGAUGUCCCCGCGAUACUUCAAAAAAAAAUAUGACUCCAUUUAUGAGGUACUAUACAUUAGAAGAUCAUCCAAGUGUAACACCUAAUUCAUAUGAUGUUUUAAAAUCAUUUAAAACAAUUAUAACUAAGCCUUGUUCUCAUAGUAUUAGUAAGAAAGGUUACAGUGGCAUUGCCAGAUUUAGUAAAAAAGUUGAAGUGAAAGAUAUUUAUCCAUCGCCAUUAGAUUACAAUACUUCCACAUUUCCUAAACUAAUACAUAAAUCAAAGUAUCCAUUUGAUUCUAGCAGCAAAAGACAGACUUUUGUCGACAAUACAACUCCAGGCCCAGGAAUGUAUGUUAGUAUUAAAAGAAAAGGACCUACAUUAAAACACAGUUUUGGUGGUAGUGUACAAAUGAAUCUUGGAGUGAAUCUUAAAUGUUGUAAUCGAAACACGGAUAUUUGCAAGAUAUGUGGGACAAAACCACUUGGUGAUUAUUGGCAUUUAAAAAAUGAAAUAUUUUUAUGUAGGCCAUGUAUGAUUAAAGAAUAUGAGAAGGAAACAAAGUUUAAACAAAGAGAAUUAGAACAAUUUCAUAAAAUACGAGAUUGUUCAAUUAUGCAUCAACAUGAAACUACAACUGCAAAAAUAUGGUUGAUGCAUCCUAGAAGAGCUGUACAAUGGAUACGCAAAGAAGCUUAUCUUUCUACUUACUUCAAUGAAUAAUUUGAUUUAUACUCUAUAUAGUUUGUAUUAAUAUAAAAUUUUCUAUUUUAAAAAUUUAACAAAACAAGUGAGGUGUAAUUUUAAUAUCUACUACUGUUAUGUUCUAUGAACAAAUAAUUAUUUAUUAAAGAAUUUUAUAUGUGUUUGACACAUUAUGGAUUUAGUUAAUAAUUUAUUUAAAAAAAUUUCUUUUUAUUUGUGUACACAAAAGAAAUAUAUGAGAAAUAGUUAAAUUAUGUAUUUAUAUAAAAACACAUUAAAAACAUAUUCUGAAUAAUAUUAUUGAUUUAAUUAAUAAUGGAUUCUUUAUAAUGUAUUUCCAUAGUGAUGUUAUUAUUAUGUAUGUGUGAUAAUAAUUUUAUAUAAAUAUCACUUUUUUUAAUAAAAAGGUUAGUGUUCUGUAUUAUCUUUAUAUUAAUAUAUCUGAACAAGAUAUUUUAAACAUCAAACAUUAUAAACUAAUUAUAGAAAUCAUUAAUUAUUAGUCUGAAAUUACAUACAUACUAUAAAGCGGUAAGACUCUAUUUUUAUAUAUAAUGGGUUGGCAAUUAAGCGAUGACGGAUUUUGUCAUUUUAGGUGGUAAUGGCAAAAUCCGUAAUCAUUUAGUUGUCAACACAAUAUUUCCUGUAUGCAAUAAGAAAAAUAUGUGUAACAUAGUCAAGAUAUAUAUUUAUAAGUGUAAAUUAUGAUUAUGAUUAUAGAUGUGUGUGUAAUAAAUUUAUUACAUAUUA